UUCUUUUUCAUCCUCUUUCUUUCCGCGCCGAACGCUUCGCGAAGUCGCACGCCUUUUGAGAUCUAGCUCGAAUUAAUUUCCCCGAAAUGUCCGAGGAAGUGGUGGAGUCCAGCAGCCAGGAGGCGAGCCAGGUUAUACCGCAGGAGCAGGAGGACUGGGCUGACGAUGUCGUUACCACAAUGCCGGCCCAGGAGGUCACCGAGUGGCCGGAAAUCAAGCUUUUCGGGCGCUGGGCCUGCGACGACAUCUCCAUCAGCGACAUCUCGCUGCAGGACUACAUUGCCGUAAAGGAGAAGUUCGCCCGCUACCUGCCGCACUCCGCCGGACGCUAUGCGGCCAAGAGAUUCCGCAAGGCCCAAUGCCCCAUCGUGGAGCGCCUCACCAGCGGGCUGAUGAUGAAGGGGCGCAGCAACGGCAAGAAGCUCCUCGCCUGCCGCAUCGUCAAGCACGCCUUCGAGAUCAUCCAUCUGCUAACCUCGGAGAAUCCGCUUCAGGUCACCGUCAACGCCAUCGUCAAUUCCGGUCCGCGCGAGGACUCCACGCGAAUCGGACGCGCCGGCACUGUGCGCCGCCAGGCAGUCGAUGUGUCGCCCUUGCGUCGUGUCAACCAGGGAACUUCUUGUAGUUAAGAAAGUUAUCUACGUAAUUCUUACAGGCACUUGGACACUGCUUAAAUUUAAAAUAAUAGGCAAUUUGGCUAAUCUGCACUGGAGCACGUGAGGCUGCCUUCCGCAACAUCAAGACGGUGGCCGAGUGUCUGGCUGAUGAGCUGAUCAACGCCGCCAAGGGAUCCUCCAACUCCUACGCCAUCAAGAAGAAGGACGAGUUGGAGCGCGUGGCCAAGUCGAAUCGUUAAGCUGCGGAUUUUCUGCAUUUCCAUGAAUUGAUGCCGACUUACAUAAGUUGCUAUGUAAUCAUUUCAUCUUCUAACUAAAUACACAAAUGUAUUUU